AUGGCUGCUCUUCCACCUAACCCAGUCCCAGUGGCGUACCAAGGAGGCUCAGCCGCAGUUCCUGUCUGGUUAAACAAGGGUGAUAACUCAUGGCAAAUGAUCUCAGCCACCCUUGUUGGCCUCCAAAGCGUGCCAGGACUUGUAAUCCUCUAUGGAAGUAUUGUUAAGAAAAAAUGGGCAGUCAAUUCAGCUUUCAUGGCCUUCUAUGCUUUUGCUGCUGUUGUAAUCUGCUGGGUUGUUUGGGCCUACAAGAUGUCUUUUGGAGACAAGCUCUUGCCCUUCUGGGGUAAAGCAGGACCUGCUUUAGGCCAGAAGUUUCUAAUCAAGCAAGCCGCACUGCCUGAGAGCACACAGUUUUAUGAUAAUGGCGAGGAGGAGACUGCAAUGGCUACGCCAUUUUAUCCCAUGGCCACCAUGGUUUGGUUUCAGUGUGUGUUUGCUGCGAUCACUAUCAUUCUUUUGGCUGGAUCAGUGCUUGGAAGAAUGAAUUUCAAGGCUUGGAUGGCUUUUGUGCCGCUAUGGCUCACUUUCUCUUACACUGUUGGUGCUUUCAGCUUGUGGGGUGGUGGAUUCUUGUUUCAUUGGGGUGUCAUGGACUAUUCUGGUGGCUAUGUUAUCCAUCUUUCGUCUGGGAUUGCUGGCUUGACCACUGCUUUCUGGGUUGGUCCAAGAUCAACGAAGGAUAGGGAGAGAUUUCCACCAAACAAUGUACUGCUAAUGUUAGCAGGAGCAGGGUUGCUAUGGAUGGGAUGGGCUGGAUUCAAUGGUGGAGAUCCAUACAGUGCCAAUAUUGACUCUUCCAUGGCCGUCCUAAACACCAACAUCUGUGCAGCUACAAGUCUUCUUGUAUGGACGUGGCUAGAUGUCAUCUUCUUCAAGAAACCUUCUGUAAUUGGUGCUGUUCAGGGUAUGAUUACUGGCCUUGUUUGCAUUACUCCUGGUGCAGGUCUUGUUCAAGGAUGGGCGGCCAUAAUCAUGGGAAUUCUAUCCGGUAGUGUUCCAUGGUUCACGAUGAUGAUUGUUCACAAAAGAUGGACACUAAUGCAAAGAAUUGAUGACACCCUAGGAGUGUUUCACACCCAUGCCGUUGCUGGCCUUCUAGGAGGAGUUUUGACAGGCCUUUUUGCAGAACCUCAGCUCUGCGCCCUAUUUCUGCCGGUGACAAACUCAAAAGGAGGUGUCUACGGUGGUUCCGGUGGAAUCCAAAUACUUAAACAGCUAGCUGGUGGUGCAUUUAUAAUUGGAUGGAACCUUGUCGUUACGUCAAUUAUUUGUGUAGUGAUAAACCUUGUGAUCCCAUUAAGAAUGUCUGAAGAACAGUUGCUCAUUGGGGACGAUGCUGUGCAUGGAGAGGAGGCUUAUGCAUUGUGGGGUGAUGGAGAAAAAUAUGAUGCCACCAAGCAUGGAGAUAUCUCAGAACAUUCCAUGGAACCCAAGACGUCAACUGGUGCUACUCAAGUGGUGUAG